CUAUGCCUUGUUGCUGCAGGAAAUGUUAAUUUCCCUUUGAGCUGUCAGAGGUGGAGGAAAAGAUGGUCUCGCCAAAAACUCUGAAAGGCUCGAAUGUGUCUAAAAUCCGCCAAAUUUACCUUAACCAACCUCAUAAGAACAGUUUCUGCAAAAAUCACAUCAGCACAACCAAGUACAACAUGUGGCCAUUUCUCCCUCGAUUUUUGUAUCUGCAGUUUCGCAAAGCUGCCAAUGCCUUCUUCCUGUUCAUUUCUAUAUUGCAGCAAAUUCCAGAUGUGUCUCCAACAGGAAAAUAUACAACUCUGGUUCCUUUGAUGAUUAUUCUUACAAUAUCAGCCAUCAAAGAAAUUAUAGAAGAUUAUAAACGACAUAUGGCAGACAAAUUAGUUAACACAAAGAGAACAAUAGUGUUAAGACAUCAGACAUGGAAAAUGAUUAUGUGGCGAGAGGUAAUUGUGGGUGACAUUGUGAAGACCACAAAUGGGCAUUUCCUUCCUGCAGACAUGGUCCUGAUUUCUUCCAGUGAACCCCACUCAACAUGCUAUGUUGAAACAUCUAAUUUAGAUGGAGAGACAAACCUAAAAAUCCGGCAGGCUUUGUUAGAAACAGCUGAAAUGAAAACAGAAAAGCAAUUGUCAAACCUGUAUGGAAAAAUAAUAUGUGAAGGUCCUAAUCGUCACUUUAAUAGCUUCAUUGGAACCUUGUACCUAAGUGGUAAAAGCCCUAUUCCAAUUGGACCUGACCAGAUUUUGCUAAGAGGUACUCGGCUUAAAAAUACUGAGUGGAUCCUUGGUUUAGUUGUUUACUCUGGGUUCGAAACCAAACUGAUGCAGAAUUCAGUUCAAUCUCCUCUCAAGAGAUCAGAAGUUGAGAAAGUGACCAAUGAGCAGAUCCUGGUGUUGUUCCGGCUACUUGUGCUCAUGUCCUUGGUAAGCACUGCAGGAGCCAUACUCUGGAAUAAAAAGCAUGGAGAAGGCAGUUGGUACAUCCAGAUGAAGGAUUCCAAGCCCCAUAGCUUUUUGUUUGACAUAUUGGUGUUCAUCAUCUUAUACCACAAUCUCAUCCCCAUUAGUCUGCUGGUCACUUUAGAAAUGGUGAAAUACACUCAGGCCCUAUUUAUAAACUGGGAUGAAGAUAUGCAUUAUAAAAAAAAUAAUGUCUAUGCAAUGGCCAGAACAUCCAAUCUUAAUGAAGAGCUUGGACAGGUAAAAUACUUAUUUUCUGAUAAAACAGGAACCCUCACUUGCAAUAUUAUGACAUUUAAGAUGUGUACCAUCGCAGGUAUAAUUUAUGGAAGUCAGCCUAGCACAGGUGAUGUUGGUACAGAAGACUUAAGGGCAUCUUCUGUCAUAGAUUCUUGUGAUUUUAAUGACCCAACAUUAUUGGAGAACUUAGAGAAUGGCCAUCCUACAGAUGAAUACAUAAAAGAAUUUCUUACCCUGCUAUGUGUGUGUCACACUGUUAUUCCAGAGAGAAAUGGAAAUAAUAUAAUCUACCAGGCUUCCUCCCCAGAUGAAGCAGCUUUAGUGAAGGGAGCAAAGAAACUUGGCUUUGUUUUCACUACCAGAACACCAUAUUCUGUCAAUAUAAAAGCUAUGGGAAAAAUUUUUACCUUUGAAAUUCUUAAUAUCCUGGAAUUUUCAAGUAAUAGGAAAAGGAUGUCUGUAAUUGUCCGAACUCCUACAGGAAAGCUCCGCCUGUACUGCAAAGGGGCUGAUACAGUUAUUUAUGAAAGACUUUCAAAAGAUUCUGUCUUUGUACAGGAGACACUAGCACACCUGGAAUAUUUUGCCAGAGAAGGUCUAAGAACUCUCUGUAUUGCCUAUACAGAUUUAACUGUGAUAGAAUAUCAGCAGUGGUUGGUGGAGUAUAAAAAGGCUAGUACAGUUGUAGAAGGCAGAAUUCAAAGGUUGGAAAAAUGUUAUGAUAUUAUUGAAAAGGAAUUUUUGUUGCUUGGAGGCACUGCCAUUGAAGAUCACCUUCAAGCACGAGUUCCAGAAACAAUAACAGCUUUACUGAAAGCAAACAUAAGAAUAUGGGUCUUAACAGGAGAUAAAAAAGAAACUGCAAUUAAUAUAGCAUAUUCCUGCAAACUGAUAUCAGGUCAAAUGCCUCGUAUUCAACUGAAUACAAAUUCACUUGAGGCAACACAACAAGCAAUUAAUCAGAACUGUAAAGAUCUUGGAAGCUUGUUAAAUAAAGAAAAUGGCCUUGCUCUAAUCAUUGAUGGUGAAACAUUGAAGUAUGCCCUCCAUUUUGAAAUUAUAGAGCAAUUCCUCAAUUUGGCCCUCUCAUGCAGAACAGUAUUAUGUUGUAGGUUAUCUCCCCUCCAAAAGGCUGAAAUAGUGUACAUGGUUAAAAGAAACGUAAGGGCCAUCACUCUUGCUGUUGGGGAUGGUGCCAAUGAUGUUGGAAUGAUCCAGACAGCCCAUGUAGGUGUGGGAAUUAGUGGGAAUGAGGGCAUGCAGGCGAGCAACAACUCAGAUUACUCCAUUGCACAGUUUAGCUACUUGGAGAAGCUUCUAUUGGUUCACGGGGUUUGGAAUUAUUUUCGAGUGACCAAAUGUAUAUUAUAUUGUUUCUACAAGAACAUCGUUCUAUUUAUUAUUGAGCUUUGGUUUGCCUUUGUUAGUGCAUUUUCUGGGCAGAUUAUAUUUGAACGUUGGUGCAUCAGCUUAUACAAUGUGAUUUUCACUUCAUUACCACCUUUUACUCUGGGCAUCUUUGAUAAGUGCUGCAGUCAAGAGAGCCUGUUUAAGUAUCCACAACUCUACACAAUUUCUCAAGGAGCGAAAAUUUUUAGCGCAAAGGUGUUUUGCGUUGAAUGCAUACAUGCUUUGCUUCACUCCUUAAUUCUCUUCUGGUUGCCCACAAAGAUGCUGGAGCAUGAUAUGGUAUUACUAGAUGGUCACACAACAGACUAUUUGUUUCUUGGAAAUUUCAUUUAUACAUUAACAAAUACAUGCAUACCUUGGAGAUAUUACAUGUUCAGUUUCAUGGUACUGCAACAGAGCAAGUCACAAAAUCUUUUUGGCUUCCUAGGGCAGCUGUUCGUGGCUCCUGCCUCCAACUCCCUUUCUCCCAUGGCUGAUUGUUUUGAAACCAACAAAAAGCUGACACACAACCGCUUUUAUUCUGCAAUUUUAGCACCCAGCUGA